CAAAAAUGGAUGGAAGAAAAAUUGCAAACUUACUUCAGGAGGGAUACAGGAUGCCUAAACCACAACACGUCGAUGAAAAAUUGUAUCAGAUCAUGAUGAAAUGUUGGAAAAAUGACUCGGAUGCAAGACCAACAUUUACUGAAUUGAAAAAUCAGCUCAGGGACAUGGAAACCCAACAUAAGAGGCUAAUCAACAUGAGUAUGUACGACAACCAAUUGUAUGCAAACGUCGAGGAUUUAACAGUGUAGUUUGAUGCACGUCCACGGUGUAAGAUCGGCUAACGAUUUGAACACUUUGCUGCAACAAGUCUCAGGGACUAAUCAUCUUUGCAUUUAACGAUUACGUUGUCCUUUUUAUAUUCUUAAACGGUAAACCGCUAUUAUAUUUCUUCAGUCGCUUUACCGAUAAAGUAUACUCUCGUAUUUCCCGUUAACUUGUUAAGAACUUACACGUAUGCUCGACUUAAUCAAGCAUUUGUGAUCGGUUUAUUUCAAGCUAAAUUCCGAAAGGCAGGAAACCGUUCUGACAUCAGAUGACGCGUUUUGAUAUCUUUGUACUGUAACCUUACCUUCCAAGAAAGAAUCGUAUUUACCAGAUUGAUCUCGCUCGGAAGGCCUUAGUUGUGUAAAUUUGUUAGUUAAUUUUAAGAAACUGUUUUGCCCCGACACCCACCUGUCUGGAGGAAAGCUAUCAUGCGCAUAAUAUUGCUUUCCUAAGCCUAUAUUUGUUUGUGAUACCCACUCGAAAUGCUUUUACACUGAAAUUAUCAGAAGUAUUAGUAAAAUGAGCAGACUUCUUUUUAAAACUAUUUAUGCCUCUUGCUCGCUUGCUUAUAAACUAAGCUAAAAAGUGUUUUACACUGUGCAUAGCUAGGGGUGAGCUCGAUUUGCUGGGAGAAUUAAACGAACAACCUUUAUUUGCCGUAAUUUUGCCACUCAGUUGAGUGGCCGUUUAUUUUUAAUACCAAAUCAAGUUACAGUAAAACCAGAAAUACAAACCUAAUCCCAGCAAAGGUGAGGGCAAACACGCAAAAGCCCUGAUCGACCCGAGAAACAGGGUCGCCCCACCGGAAGCCCAAGCAAUGCACAGUGCCUGAACAAAAA